AUGGAUGUGCCAUUUUAUAGUGGGCAACAACCACUUACACGAUACAUAAUCGUGAUAAUAGUCAUCGCCCUGGUUUUUUUAUUGCCAAAAUUGAAAAGAUCGAGGAAUAUUCGGAAUCUGAAGCGCCAACACAACUGCGCAGAGCCAAACAAGUAUCCUCAUCAGGAUGUCCUAGGAACUGAUUUAGCCCGUCUGAGAGCUCAGGCCGUUCAAGAGGGCCACCUAUUCAGAUUAUAUAAGUCGCAAUUCGACACUUACGGGAAGACUUUCUCGGAAGUUUGGCGUGGUACGAUACUUUUCAAUACUUGUGAUCCGACAAACGUUCAACAUGUAGCAGCACUAGCUGCGGAAGACUUUGGAAAGGAUGCAGACAGAGAGACAGCUCAAUGGCCACUUUUGGGACCUAGUAUUUUCUCAGAUGGGCCUGCUUGGAGCCUGUCGAGGGAUUUAGCGAAACCUAUUUUCGCAAGAGCAGAACUAUCAGAUCUCGACUUUUUUGCUUCUUGUGUAGACAAGUUUUUGGAGUUGAUUCCGGAAAAGGGACAGACAUUUGAUAUUCAACCAUUGCUGCAUAGACUAUUCCUAGACACCUCUAUGGAUUUUAUCUUUGGACGCUCUUUGAAUGGACUACAAGGGUCGCCUGAGAGCAUUGAGUUCACUGAAGCGUUUACUGAGGGGUUGAAAGGGGUCAGUGCUCGGCGCGACGCACCAUGGUUCCAGUUCCACUACCAACGACUUAUUGAGGAUCCGAAUUGGAAGAAGUCAUACAAGACGGUCCAUCGAUUUGUAGACGAACAAGUAAAGUUGGCUCUUCAAGACACUGCGAAAACGGAUUCUGAUAGCGCACCCUCUGAGAGAAAGCGCUAUGUCCUGUUGCACGAAAUGGCUAAGCAGAUCCGAGAUCCCAUUGCACUUCGGUAUCACGUAUUAGGUUUCUUUGCGCCAGCACGGGAUGUGACGUCCAGGCUAGUAGCAAAUGCCCUUUUCCAGCUUGCUCGUCAUCCGAACGAAUGGAACAAGCUUCGUCGCAUUUCGCUUGAGUUGGGCGAUGCUCCGUUGUCAUUUGAAAAGCUAAAACAAUUAGCAGACUUCAGGUACGUGUUGCAAGAGACUGUUAGGACUGUUGGUCCGGCAGCUAGAAUAUGGCGAGCUGCGGUGCGCGACACUACUCUACCAAGAGGAGGUGGUGAGGAUCAAACAAAGCCGGUGUUUGUUCCCAAAGGAUCACCAGUAGUGCUUGGCACAUGGUGCAUGAACCACGACAGCGACAUUUGGGGUGAUGAUGUGGAGAGUUUUAGGCCUGAUCGCUUUGUUGGGCGUAAAAUGAAUUGGGAAUUCCUUCCAUUCUAUGGAGGUCCAAGAAUAUGCCCUGCGCAACAACAAGCUAUGACCCAGGCUGCUUAUGUCUUGGUAAGGCUGACGCAGAAGUUUGAGGUGAUUGAAAAUCGAGAUCCAGAGUUGGAGUUCCUGCAAUUGAUCAAGAUGGGCGUUGAGAGCAUGAAUGGCGCCAAGAUUGCUUUCAUGUAA